CCGUCGUCGUUCAGUGUUCAACGAGAUACGGGCGCGGCCAGUUCGUCGUUACGUGUGUGCAUGUGUGUGUGCGGCGUGUGCGUGCGUGUAUAUGUAUAUAUAAUAUAAUAUCAUUAUUUUAUUCGUCGCCGCCGCCGCGCGUAUGUGUGUCUAUCGUACCGUAUCGUAUCGCUUUUGUGUGUGCGCGCAAUGUGUACGUCGUGAUCUGUGAAAUUUUUUUUUCGUCGUGAAUUAUACGAGUCGCGAUUUUUCUCUCGAUAUUUUCCGAUUUCGUUUCGUUUCGUUUUUUUUUUUUAAAUAUUUUUUUUGUCGCCAUAUCGUCGAGUGCGUGCGCGUGUCCGGUUUUUGGUUUCCCGUGUGCCGCCGCGACGGGUUCUGUAUAGCAGUCUCCACCCGAGGAUAUAGUGUCGUCCGCGUGACCGCCGAGUCCCUCGUCGUAGUCUUCUGUGCGCCGCGCGCUCUCGCCGCCGCCACCGUCGUCUUGCCCACUUUGUAUGCGUACGUGUGAUGCGUGUCCGCCGAAUCUCCACCGGAGCCGUCGUUGUAGUCAGCAACAGAAGCAGCAGCAGCAGCAGCAACAGCAUAAGCCGCCGCGACAACAACAGAAAAAGCGACAAUAACAGCGGCCACCGCCGUCGUAGUAACGUCGUAGCGUCACCGCUGUCGUCGUAGCGAUGGCGUCAUGCAAACGGCCAUGCUGCAGCCGCGGCGCUGGCGUAUCCAACAAGCGGCCGUGCUGCAGGGACGGCGGCGCGGACGGCGCGUCGUCGUCGUCGUCGGCCGGCGGGUCGGCGGUGCUCCGGUCGCCCGACUCGCUGUUGGACAUCACCGCCCGGAUAGUAGCCGAGAACAUACCGUUCCAACGGAUCGAGGAACGGUACAAUCGCAUACCGGAACCGGUGCAGCGACAGAUCAUCUACUGGUCGUUUCCGCGCAACGAGCGCGACAUAUUCAUGUACUCGUCGCUGAUACGCGUGUCGCAGGCCAGCUCUUCGUCGCAAAACUCAGAACAGAGCAACCUGUCGUUUUACAAAGGGCUCAAGCUCCUGGAGACCGGUUGCGUGGACCGGGUGCUGCAAGUCGGAUUUCAUCUUAGCGGAGUAGUGUGGAACCAAAGACCAGGAUCUCCGUCAUACAACCAUCCUGACCAAGAAAACAAAACACAUAAAGUGUCGGUCAGCUUCGACAGGUGUAAGAUAACGUCAGUGACAUGCAGCUGCGACACGAAAGACAUAUUCUGGUGCCCCCACGUUGUGGCCUUGUCCUUGUACAGGAUACGGAACGCGGACAGUGUCAGGCUCAGGGUCCCGAUAUCAGAAACCCUGUUGCAAAUGGACAGACAACAAUUGCAGAAGUUCGUGCAGUACCUGAUAUCUGAACACCACACGGAAGUGUUGCCAACGGCUCAGAAACUAGCCGAUGAGAUCCUACAGCAGCGGUCCGAGAUCAAUCAGAUUGCCGGCGCGCCCGACCCGACAGCAGGUCCGAGCGCUGACGACGAACACACUUGGCACUUGGACGAGGAACAGGUGUGCGAACAGGUCCGGUCGUACUUGACGCAUGGCAGCUAUUACAACGCCAACAAGCAGCUCAACUCGCUGUUCGCCAAGGUUCGAGAGAUGCUCCGGGCCCAAGACUCAAACGGCGCCCGGAUGUUGACUCUCAUCACCGAACAGUUUUUAUGCGACCCGCGGCUGGCCCUGUGGAAGUCCCAGGGCACACCGAUCACAGACAAGUGCCGACAGCUGUGGGACCAGCUUGGCGCUCUGUGGGUGUGCAUCGUGCUCAAUCCACACUGCACGGCCAUCGACAAAGGCCAGUGGAAGACGCUGCUGGACAAGUGGACGCACGUCGACAUUUGCCCACCCGAGGACCCCGACAUGCUGGCCCUGCCGCCCGCCUUCAACGAUAGAAAUCACCAUCAACCGCCCGAGAAUGGUUCGGACGACGACGUGGACAAUGUCAAUUAUAGGCCCUCAUCCCGAUCUAGCAGAUCCAGUCCUAGGUACAGGAGCAGUUAUCCGAGCACGAGCCAGCGAAUCAACCGGACGAUAUUUCACAGGGCUUUGGACGCGGUAAGCAUGUCCUGGGACAACAUACAUCUGAAGAACGUGCUGUCCAGCGACACGUACAGCAGUCACAUACCGGACAGCACGCAGUCGGGCAGCUUCAACUCGCUGGGACAACCGCUUUGGCACGAGGCGCUGGCCACCUGCGCGUCUCGCGUGGACGCGCUCCGGUCGCACGGACACCACGCGGCCGCGCUCCGGUUGGCCGUGUGCGUGGUGCGCACGAUGAAGCAACAGCAAUUGGACGCUCAGCGGCGGUGGCAGGAGAGCCAGAAACCGCCGCCGCCGCGGUGUCCGUCCAGACACUCGAACCCGCCGACCCGGUGCUACGAGCUCCGUCCCGCGCAGUCGUGCUCGUACGACACAUACUCGCAGACGCGCCCGUGCUCGUCCCGUUGCGUGUCGUGUCCCAUGGUCGGCGGCGGCGGCGGUUACGACCGUCUGUCCGCCUCGUCGUCCGGUGGCGGUCCGUCGUCGUCCUCGUCGUCGGCCGCCGCCGCCGCGUCGUCAUCAUCGUCGUCCGCUUGCAGCCUGUCCCGGUGCGGUUACAACGACUCGCGGUCCGGUUACCCCGGCAGCAGUGCGGGCUGUUCCAGUUACCGGUGCACCGCGUUCGCGGACGCGCCGCGGCCCAAUCUGUGCACCGCGCCCAGGUGCAACAGCUAUUGCACCUAUUACGACAAUCAUCCGCCGCCGCGCACGCCCGGCGGCCCAAUGUCCGGCGGCGGCGGCGGCAUGGGCGGUGGCAACAUGGGCGGCGGCGGUGGCUCGUCCGGGUACCGGUACCCGGAGCGCACGAACAGCCGGAACGGCGGAAGCAGUUCCCGGGGCAGCGUGGGCGGUGGUUCCAACCAACAGACCGCCGUGCUGCACAACAGCUGGACCGAAGGAUGGGUCGGCCACCCGAUGGACCCGAUCGGCUGCCUAUUCGACACACUGACUGAUGCAUCUAUAGUUCCUGAUCCAAAUGUGCCUCAUUCGCCGUCGUCGUUUUUCGACGCCAACGCAUCCGAAGAGGGUAUCCUGCGACCCGCUCCCCGCCUUACCCACAUACCCGUCGUCGGUUCGCAGGACCGCUCCGAAACGUACCUGUCGCUUGCGGUCGAAGUCGCCCUAAUCGGCCUCGGUCAACAGCGCAACAUGCCUCCCGGACUUUACGCUCAGGAGAAGGCGUGCAAACAAGAAGACAGACUGAUUGCCAAACUACAAGAGUUGGACAUGGACACGAAUCUUGUGGGAGUUCUGCGCCGGCAAGCUAUCGUGCUUCUAGACGGUGGACCGACCAGUGGCCUGGGCCUAGGUGUGCAUAGAGACAGUAUACCCAUGCACACGUUUGCCCGUUUCUUGUUCGUUGCCCUUCUAGACUAUUACCCUGAUCUGGCGUAUGAAGUCGGAUUACGAGCCAUGAGAUUACCAAUACUGGAAGACCACGAAGACUCUGAUAACCCAAAUGGUAACCCUUCAUCUGUCAUGUUGAACCGCUAUCCACGUUGGUUCACGCUGGGUCACAUCGAAACGCAACAAUGCACGUUAGCGUCUACUAUGCUGAGCGCCGCAAAAGGUGAAUUACUUCGACUGAGAACCGUACUAGAAUCCGCACAACGACACAUACACAGCUCGUCACAUCUCUUCAAAUUGGCUCAAGACGCGUUUCGUUUUGCGACGCCUGAGAACGGGCCCAGACAUCCUCCGCUGUUGACCGUCGCCUUCGAACUCGGAUUACAAGUAAUGCGCAUCACGCUGGCAUCGUUGAACUGGCGAAGACGCGAAAUGGUCCGAUGGUUAGUGACGUGCGCCACAGAAGUCGGUAUGGACGCUCUCACCUCCGUUAUGCAAAAUUGGUUUCAAUUAUUUACGCCCACCGAAGCCACAGGACCAGUCGCCACGACCAUAAUGUCUCACAGUACAAUGCUCCGAUUAAACCUGUCGUUUGAACAUCAAGAAAAACUGUCGAGCUAUGCUCGUACAUUAGCACUUCAAUGCGCGUCCAAAGAUCCUCCAAAUUGCGCUCUGAACGCUUUGACUUUAUGUGAGAAUGACGCGACUGCGUUCGAAGCCGCUUACCAGAUAGUAUUGGAUGCUGCAGCACAUAUCAUGACCUCAUCACAACUGUUUACGAUCGCCCGUUACAUGGAACACCGCGGAUACCCGAACCGCGCUUACAAACUUGCUAUGCUCGCAAUGAAGAAUGUUCAUUUAGCAUACAACCAGGACACUCAUCCAGCCAUUAACGACAUACACUGGGCCUGCGCGCUCAGUCACUCUUUGGGCAAAAAUGAAUUGGCCACCAUGAUUCCAUUGUUGGUGAAGAACGUACAGUGCGCCACCGUGCUAUCAGACAUAUUGCGCAGGUGUUCAAUGACACCACCCGGAAUGACUUGUGCCCACGCGCUACCUCCACCUGAUACCAGCAAACACCAUCACCAUCACCAUCACCACCAUCACCAUCAUCAUCACCGGAACAACGGCGGUGGCGGCGGCGGCGGGUCGUCCCGGUGCGGCAUGAUGAAAGGUCUGUCGUACGAACGGGCUCCGCUCCGCAUCCUGCUGGAGGCGGCCGUCGCCGCGUACGUCAACACCACGCACUCUCGGCUGACGCACAUAUCGCCGCGCCACUACGCCGACUUCAUCGAGUUCCUGGGCAAGGCGCGCGACACGUUCAUGUUGGCGCACGACGGACACGCUCAGUUCGCCCAGCUUUUGGACAACAUGAAGCUGGCGUACAAGGGCAAGAAGAAGCUCAUGUUCCUGGUCAAAGAGCGGUUCGGGUGACUAGGGCACGGCGCGGUGACGACGCCUUUUCGCAGAUGAUGUCGUCGCCGUGCUCGCGCUCGCGUUUCGUCGGUGCGGCGGUGGAUUUGGUGCCGUUGGCGGUCGGGUGCGUCGCGCUCGUUGCCGUUGUCGACGACCAAGUGGUGUCGUUGUUGCUGUUGUUGAAGUUGUUUCUGUUGUUGUUGUUGUUGUUGUUAUUAUUGUCGUAUGUUAUGAUACGACGUGUUAUUUCUAUAUUUCUCAUAUACUUCGCACGAUUCGCGAUACCACGCACGACCUCGACGGCGACGGCGACGGCGACGACCACGACGACCCUUUUCUGGUGUUCGAUAUUAUAGAAAGUUGCACUCGCACCCGCUACACACCUCGCCCAAACACUACGUAAUAAAAGGUCGCAGACGAACCGCAAGCGCCGUGUUCCAAACAACGAUCAUAGAGGAAGAAGAAAAAGAAGAAGUAAAAGUUAUCAUCGGUGAAGUUACCUAUAUUAAAAAAAAAAAAAAAAUUAUAAAGCUACCACACCAACACACUACGUUACACCACCACUACCACUAUAAUCAUUAUUAUUAAUAUCUAAUAUCAUUGUGAACUAUUAAACAAACUGCGACCGCGAACGUUUACUUCUCGUAUUAAUCAUUAUUAUUGUUAUUUCUUUAUUUCGACGUUUAUUGGUCGGCCAAACCGUUAACAUACGUUUAUAAUAAUAUGAUAAAACGAGCAAUAUGACCACCCAUCCUCCCACCAACGUGUAAUCCUCGUCUGACUUCCCGCAUAUCGUACUGAUAUAAUAACAAUAACCGAUAUUUACUUCCACCGUAUAAUAUUAUAGAAUAUACACUGCAGCUAAGCAUGAUUACCGCGCAGUGACAAAUCUCCAUGACUGUAACUUAUUAUUUUGUAUUUGUACUGAGGGGGCCGUCGGUACGCUGUAGUUUAUUAUGACUAUCAUUGGACCGAAACAAAGGCGAAGAUCACGAACUUUGUUUCGUUCUAUAAUCCAUUGAUUUUUAUGAUACGAAAAUAUAAUUUUUUUUAUCUAUUUAUUUCUAUAACUGUUGACUGUGAUUGGAUCAAACGAACUCGAGCAAUAUCAUUUAAGUUUUUAUUAAAAAAUAACGUUUAUUUAUUUUUAUUAUUUUUAUUUUGUAAUAACGACUUUUAUGAAUAAUGUUGGUUUGUUUGGCACUUUUAUAAAUUCCUAGCAAUUUUAGUCUCGCAUACUUAUCUCUAUGUUUAUUUAUUUUUUAAUUGACAAAUUUAUAAGUUCCAACGACAUCGUUUGUCAUUAAAAAUGUUUUGUUUAUCUUAAUAUCAAGAAACUACACGCGUUAUAAAAAACAAGGACCUACAUUUUCUCAAGCUUCGAAUACAAUAAUAAAUAAAUGUACAUUUUUGUAUAAGUUUUAUUUAAAAUUAAAUUUAUUAUUUUUAUUAUUUUUACCUUUUACAUUUGCAUUUACAAUUUACAGUUAAGUAUGCAUAUUAAGUGUAUGUUACCCAUAUGUAUUUGUGCAAUCAGAAUCUAUUACUUUUUUUUGUUAUUUUUUUGUUUUCGAAAUUAUUUUUGCGUGGUUUUGUGUGAUUUGUAUUCAAAGUGUGUGAUUUUACAAAUUAUACUGAAAAAACACUAGAAUAUUAUAUUUUUAAAUAUUUGUAACCUAAGUCUUAGAAUAAACAGUUGUAGUUACAAAAUAAAAAUAAAUCCUCAUCUCUGAGGUCAUUAAACAAUGAUGAAUUGGACCCGAAUGUUCACCAAAGCAAUAUAAUAUAUUUUAUUUAAAAAAAAAUAAUUUUUAUUUUUAUUUAUUUUGUAACUCAAGACUGUUGUGUUGUAUUUUUUUUUUAAGCUUUAAAUAUUUUGAAUUUGUUUAUGAUAUUUUAAAGUUUUAAACUACUAUAAGUGUGUUUUUUUCCGUAAAUAGUUCACUAAGUUAAUUAUUUUUCUUUUAUUAUUAUUAUUUAUAAAUUAUAGCCUACUUAUUAGAUAUAGAAAUACAUUUUUUUUAAUAAUGUGUAAUUACAAUUAUGUAAAAUAAUGUAUAGUAUGUUAGUAUGUAAGUAUUAUACUAUAAAUACUUAUGUAUAUUUUUUAAGACCAAUACAUAAUAUUAUCUUUUAGUUUUAAAAGAAAUAUAUUAUCAAAAAGUAAAAACAAAAAAAAAAAAAAUGAAAAAAAAUCAAUUGUACAAAAAUAGGUUACCUAAUAAUUUUAGGCCUAAUUUUGUUUGGAAAAAUCGACUUAUUGUUUCUAUUUUGUAACUGAUGUUAUUUUAAAUGUGUAUAUAUAUUUAUAUAUAUAAAUAUAUAUAUAUUAAAAUAUUAAUUUUAAUAUAAAUUUAUAUUUUUUUGGUUUUGCUCAAUUAGAAAAGAAAAUAAUCGAUCAUAGGUUAUAUAUAAUCUAUAUUUAAUCUAAGGAUUGAUUGAAAAAUGUUACAAUUAUGCGUAUAAUUAUAAUGUAUGCAUUUUGUUAUAUGAAUUAUGAUAUAUCAUUGUAUUGAUGAAAUAAAUGAACUUCCAAUCAUUACACUAAAUGAACUAUGCCCACCUAUAUAUAAAAUAUUAUUUUUUAAGAUAGUUGUUGCUAUGGUACCCUCAUUAAUAUAUAAUAUACAGUACUAAUUUAUAAAGAAAAUCAAUAAAUAGUUUAAGUAAAUCAUAGUGUUAGUUAUGUACUAUAUUGUGUAUUAUCUAAUUAAAGGAGAAGAAAAAAAUAUGAUAUUUUAAUGACUGAUGUAUGUUUUAGGUACUUAGUAGAAAAAGUACCUAAAUAAUUUUAAAUAUAUUAUAAUAUGGUAAAUAUAUAAUUAUAAAUAUAAAUAUAUAUAUAUAUUUUUUUUUGUACUAAAAAGAAUUGUAUUUUAUGACCCAUUAUCAAUUAGGUACCAUAGCUAAUGUAAUUGCGCUUUAAAAUUGUAUUAAACCAGAAUGGUGUUCACCCAUCCCAUUAUUUCAGUGAUUUAGUUUUUAAUUUUUGUAGCAACUCAAUAUUGUAUUGUAUUUGAUAUAUUUUAUGUUUACAAUUAUUAAGUCUGUAUACAAACAUAUUCAUUAUACAUAUAUUUUUUUUUCAUUUCUACAUAUUACUAUUAAGAUCUCAGUUUACAAUUAUGAAAAUGCUACAAGCGGAUGGAUUCUCUUUUUCCUUUUUUUCUUUAUUAUCAUUAUUAUUAUUAUCAUUAUAUAUAUUUUUUUUUUUUUUUUGUGAAAUAAUCCUGUGUAUCUAUUUUAGUUUUAGGUGAAAGUAAAAAAUAAAAUAAAAAUAAAAACAAAUAUAAAAUGUGAAUCAA